UGGGAUUAAAGCCAUGCACCACCACCACCCACUCUUACUGCUUAUUUUUAUGAGUGCUUUAUUUUGCCUCUUUAAUUCACAAUUCCUUUUGGAAGAAGUUUGCAUAUACUAACAUGUUCUGAAGAGUCUUAUUUUGUAUUAAAGAGUUCCUUCCUUGUGAUAAUGAAGGAGAUUUACUGCAUCACUCAAUUACUACUCUUGAGGUCCAUAUACUUGUCUUUGAGAUUCUGAGAAACUGUGUAUUUAGUUGUAUAAGAACAGAAAUUGUCCCUCUACGGACGAUUCAUUUGGCUGUUAAGUCCUUCCUUUAUUUCCUCGUUUUCUGAGUCUUCCAUGGCUAUCAUUAUCUAGUUGGCUGCCAGCAUCUGUCUCAGUUGUUCCUGAAAUGCCAAACUCUAGAGUGCCAAUACCAUAUUCCUCUCAGAUAAGGAAAAAUAAAUUACUCUAACUUGAGACAUUGUAGUUAGAAACCGUCUUUAUCAAGGGACACAUUAAAUAUUUGUAAAGUCUUAGAUUUUAAAGAUCACAAUGGGAGAUCAACAAAAUCUAUGGGACUUAUCCUUUAAGCAAAGACAAAUAUUUUUCUUUACUGAAGACAACCAACAGGUAAAUUUGUUUAAGUUAUGAUUAUUGCACAAGAAAAUUUGUAAGUUUCAUUUAGUUAUUUAUUAAUGUAAGAAUUCAGCUUUUUUCCUUUUCUUUAUUUUGUUUUUUAUCUGAAAAACCUCCUAUAUCCCAGGCUGACCUCAAACCCACUGUGUAAGCCAAGGAUGACUUCAAACUUCUUAUCCUCUUGACACUAACUUCCUGCUAGUAUUCCAAGCAUGCACACCACUCCUGGAUUUCUGCAUUGCUGUGAAUUGAACCCGGGGCUUCAAGCAUGCUAGGCAAGCAUUCUAACAACUGAGCUACACCUCCAUCCAGCCUUUACGACGUACAAUACCUAAGAAAUCAUAAAAUUAACAUAUAUUUACAAGAAAAUACUUCUCCACAAUGAAAAGAUCCCUAAUAUAUUUAUAUAUCCAAAUAAUUUAUACUAAUGCUUCACAGAAAAUACCAUUUUAUUGCUGUAAUACCAAAGCCAUAAUUUCUGUACAGGAGUGUAUAAGUGAACAUUAGUCAAUGCACUGAUAAUUUCCUUUUUUAAUAGGGUUAAUCACUACAAAACAAACAAAAACUGUAAAUGUUCUGACCUUGGAAUGCACUUCUUGUCAUAUUGUAAGUAUUUCAGCAGAGCAUCACGGAGUGUCAUGCCACUGUGAUAUGUGGGUCAGGGCUUAGAACAUGAUAAAAUGACAGGAAAUAUGUGUAUAUAUGUAUGUGUGUAAUUUGUACAGUGUGUGCUGGUUUAUUCAUGUGGUUUUAAAUGAUUUACUAUGUGGUUUUAAAUGAUUUACUAUGGACUUCAUCAUAACCGGAACAAAAGCAGUGACUUCAGUGACUGUAAGGCUGCACCUCUGGCUUUGGAAGGAGUGACUCCCGCUAUCCUCUCAGCCACUACUGUGGGCGAACUAAUGAUUCCAAGUACUUGGUGGUAACAGCGUCUUCAAUUGUCCCUUCUCGGAUCUUCACACCUCUCUUCUAAUUGUUCUGGAAUCUGUUCAAAAUCGUGCUUCCACCUCUCACUCUUCCAUUCACUUUCAGGUUGUUGUGCUUAAAUUGGUUUGCUUUCAACUACCAGUUUCCCAUUUCAUGUUUGAACAAAAUAAUAAUAACUUCCCGUAUCUGCCAGCAUUUCACUUAGCCAACAAGCAUAUCUUUCACUGAAUGUUGUCACUUAGUAGUUCAGAAUGUAUGAAAGUCAGCCAAAGCUUGCCCUUGCUGCAGCUGAUCUGAAAGCUGAGACGACGCUCAGGAUAAAGCAGACUAGUUCUGAGAAGAGUCUACCACCACAGCACAUUUGGCAGAAGGAAGAGUGCUAGCUGGAAGUUCUUUUCUGAAACAAACCAAGUCUCGGAACUAGCGUGAAGUUGAGAAGUUACUCCUCCAUAUCCUCAAAUUGUUCCUGCUUUUCUUCAAACUAAGAUCCAAUUCAUUCAUCUCGUCUGUCAGUUUGUUGACUGCAUCUUCUGCCUUGUUCUCCAUUCUAAAUAUUCCAGCUCUACUCCAGGCUCUAAAGAACUCUGAGCUUUCCAAGAACUCCCUUCUGUCAGGAUCUGGCAGCAGAGAAGGAUGUCUUGCUGUUCUUAGAAGGCACUUCUCAGGAGCUGCUCUCCAUUUCUGCCAACUCGGUGGAUAACAUAUCUUUGCCUACUUUGACCCUGGCCAUACCACUGGUGUUCCAUUUUUCUGUCCAUGUGAAAGGACCAGAUGUUGAGCUCCAUGGCUGCUGCAGAGGCGCACCAGCCAGCCUGAAACGAGUCCAUGUGGCCUCCCCACGCCGCUGCCAGGCCAUCUCCAAACCAUGUGUAAAAGGAAAGUGACAUCCUCGUCAUCCUAGUUAAAAGAUACUGCUGUUAAAGAAGGCCACCUCGUCUUGGAGAAUAUAAUGCAUGAUUAUAGGACAACUGUUAUCCCUACAGCCUCCCUAAAAAUAGAGAAGUGGCUUCUUUCAUCUGUGAAAGAUAAUAUCACAACUUCUCUGUCUUCUGAAUUUGAAGUCUAAAUUAUAUAUUCAUGUGAUAUUUUAGUGAGAUUCCAAGACCCCAAUUUUAUUCUAUUCAAAAUAUAUUGCCUUUGGGGGAAUUUUAAAUCUUUUUUAACAUAGCUGAUUCAGAAAAAAAGAUGAAUAAGGAUAUGUUUUAAUGCAGUCUUCAAAAAUCCCAGGGUUCUGAAAAUAUUCAAACCAAAAUGGAAGGAAAGUGGAGUGGUCCAGAUCCUGAAGCUCUACCUUGAAGUCUGAAAGUUGAUUUCUCCCCCUUUGAUGUUUUUUCAUCCUCCAAACUUCUCUUUGUGGCCUGAAAAAUUAUCAAAUUGUCAAACUAUACAACAGAAUAAAUGGAAGGCUGAUAUUCUUUGUGGUUAGAGUUCUUUUAUUUCUUUAAUAGAACACAGGGAAAGCAGAUAAUUCGGACCACCAGGUUCUCCGGAACAAUGCAAUUUAACAACAUAUCUAUAAGGAAAUGAACACUCUAUGCAUACAUACAUACAUACAUACAUACAUACAUACAUACUGUUUACAACCGCAUGCAUACAUACAUACUGUUGUAAAAAAAAAAAAAAUUAACUCUUUCCCUGACGGUAAACCAGGACUUAAGGAAGGAUACCUGAUUACAUUUCCAAGACAUGCAGUAACUUGAUAGGACUCUGGGCGCCGCUGUUCACCAACCUGAGGGAUACAUGCUCCAUACUACCCGCCCAACUUAAAAAAAAAAAAAAAUGUAAACGUGUGACUUUGUACUCCAUCAUGCCACACUGAAAAUGUCUGCCUGAGACUGCCCAGCGUAUCUCUGGAUAUCUCUCUGCUGUAAUUAUUUUAAAUACUGAGGUAAAGAAGACCCUGGAAAAACAGAAAAACAAUACCCUUGAUAACAGAUUGAGAGAAAAGUGGGAAGCCAGAGAGCAAUGGCGAUUCCAGAGAAGCUAACCGGCUGCAGCCGGCUGAUGCUGCUGUGCCUUUCUCUGGAGCUACUAUUGGAAGCCGGGGCUAGAAACAUCCGCUACUCUGUGCCAGAAGAAACUGACAAAGGCUCCUUCGUGGGCAGCAUCGCCAAGGACCUGGGGCUGGAGCCCCGCGAGCUGGCGGAGCGCGGGAUCCGCAUCGUCUCCAGAGGUAGGUCGCAGCUUUUCUCCCUGAACCCGCGAAGCGGCAGCUUGGUCACUGCAGGGAGGAUAGACCGGGAGGAGCUCUGCGCCCAGAGCGCGCCCUGUCUCGUGAGCUUUAACAUCCUUGUGGAGGAUGAAAUGAAGCUUUUCCCUAUCGAAGUAGAGAUAGUUGACAUUAAUGACAACACCCCUCAAUUCCAGUUAGAAGAGCUGGAAUUAAAAAUGAGUGAAAUAACGACUCCAGGUACCAGGAUCCCUCUGCCUCUUGGACAAGACCUUGAUGUGGGUAUAAACUCACUUCAUAGCUACCAGCUAAGCGCCAACCCUCACUUCAUCCUGGAUGUGCAACAGGGACCUGAAGGACCACACCAGCCAGAGAUGGUACUGCAGAGCCCUCUAGACAGAGAAAAAGAAGCCACCCACUACCUUAUCCUCACCGCCUCUGAUGGGGGUAACCCAGUACACUCGGGAACUCUGCAAAUUCGUGUUCAGGUGGUGGAUGUGAACGACAACCCACCAUCAUUUACUCAGGCAGAGUACCACGUGAGUGUCCCUGAGAACGUCCCAUUAGGCACUCGGCUGCUCCAGGUGAAUGCUACUGACCCGGAUGAGGGAGCUAAUGGCAAAGUAACAUACUCCUUUCACAACGUAGACCACAGUGUGGUCCGGAAAUUUCAGUUGGAUUCUUACACAGGAGAAUUAACAAAUAAAGAACCGCUGGAUUUUGAAGAAUACAAAGUUUAUCCGAUGGAAAUUCAAGCUCAGGAUGGUGCUGGACUCAUGGCUAGGGCUAAGGUGCUGGUCACUGUGGUGGAUGUCAAUGAUAAUGCCCCAGAAGUUGGAAUCACCUCUGUCGCCACCAAAGUGCCAGAAAACUUUCCUCCUGGGACCGUAAUUGCUCUUAUCAGUGUGCACGACCAAGACGCUGGUAACAAUGGUCACACCACAUGUUCCAUUCCUGGAAACCUACCCUUUAAACUGGAAAAGUUAGUCGACAAUUAUUACCGCUUGGUAACAGAAAGAACACUGGACAGAGAGCAAAGCUCUGGGCACAACAUCACAAUAACAGCAACGGAUCAGGGCACUCCGCCCCUAUCUACCCAAGCUCACAUCUCACUGCUAGUGACAGAUAUCAAUGACAACCCUCCAGUUUUUGAACAGGACUCCUACUCUGUUUACAUCCCUGAAAAUAACCCCAGAGGGGCUUCCAUCUUCUCAGUGAAGGCCCGGGAUGCUGACCACAAUGAGAACGCACUCGUGACUUACUCCCUGGUGGAAGACACUAUUCAGGGAGUGCCUUUGUCUUCUUACUUCUCCAUCAACUCUGACACUGGAGUUGUCUAUGCAUUGCGGUCCUUUGACUAUGAGCAAUUCCGAGAUUUGCAGCUAAGGGUGAUGGCGCGGGACAGCGGGGACCCACAACUCACCAGCAAUGUGUCUCUGAGUCUGUUUAUGAUAGAUCAAAAUGACAAUGCCCCAGAAAUCCUGUACCCUGUCCUCCCCAAAGAUGGGUCCACUGGCGUGGAACUAGCACCUCGAUCUGCCGAACCCGGUUACCUGGUGACGAAGGUGGUGGCAGUGGACAAAGACUCGGGACAGAACGCCUGGCUGUCCUACCGCCUGCUCAAGGCCAGCGAGCCAGGGCUCUUCUCAGUGGGACUGCACACAGGCGAGGUGCGCACUACACGAGCCCUGCUGGACAGAGAUGCUCUGAAGCAGAGCCUGGUGGUGUCUGUGCAGGACCACGGCCAGCCUCCUCUGUCCGCCACAGUCACAUUCACCAUAGCAGUAGCUGACAGCAUCCCUGAACUCCUGGCUGACCUGGGCAGCACUGGGACGGCCGUGGAUCCCCAGGAUUCAGAUCUCACGCUCUACCUGGUGGUGGCAGUGGCCGUGGUCUCCUGCAUCUUCCUGGCCUUUGUCAUCGUGCUCUUAAUGCUCAAGCUGCGACACUGGUACUCCUCACGCUUGCUCCAGACUGCAGCCAACGGAUUGACGGACAUUCCUGCCUCCAACUUCGUAGGUGUUGACGGGGUACACGCCUUUCUACAGACCUAUUCCCGCGAGAUCUCACUCACCGCUGACUCUCGAAAGAGCCACCUGAUCUUCCCGCAGCCCAACUACGCAGACACGCUCAUCAGCCAAGAGAGCUGUGAGAAAAGGGAAUUUCUGUCCACACCCCAGUCUCUGCUUGAAGAUAAAGAGGAAAUAUUUUCUCAGCAAGCCCCGCCCAACACCGACUGGCGUUUCUCUCAAGCCCAGAGACCCGGCACGAGCGGCUCCCAAAAUGGUGAUGAAACCGGCACCUGGCCCAACAACCAGUUUGAUACGGAGAUGCUGCAAGCCAUGAUCCUGGCCUCUGCCAGUGAGGCCGCCGACGGGAGCUCCACUCUGGGAGGGGGCGCUGGCACCAUGGGCCUGAGCGCGCGCUAUGGGCCCCAGUUCACCCUGCAGCACGUGCCUGACUACCGCCAGAACGUCUACAUCCCCGGCAGCAACGCCACCCUGUCCAACGGGGCCGGCAAACGGGACGGCAAGGCCCCGGCAGGCGGCGGGAACGGCAACAAGAAGAAGUCGGGCAAGAAAGAGAAGAAGUAACAUGGAGGCCAGGCCUGGAGCCACAGGGCAGCCUCCCUCCCCAGCCAGUCCAGCUUGUCCUUACUUGUACCCAGGCCUCAACAUUUCAGGGCUCACCCCAGGAUCCUGGUAGGAGCCAAGGCCAUGCUCCCCGUUGGGAAAACAGAAACAAGUGCCCAAGUCAACACCCCCUUCUCUGUGCCCUAGGGGGUUGAAUAUGCAAAGAGUUCUGCUGGACCCCCGCCCACCCCCCAUCCAAUCAGUGAUUGUACCCACGUGGGUAGCAGGGUCAGUGUGGACACAAAAAACCCACGCCACACUCCCUUAGUUACAGCUGAACUCCUCCACCUUCCAACUCAGUCAGGCUCAUCCAUUUCCCGCCUCCCUCCCCCCCACUCCAUCCCCCCACUCCUUCAGUCCCUCUCCGGAGCAAGGUGAUUGGGCUGUUGAGGGAGGGGACAGGUGACCUCAGCAGGCUUCUAGUUCUGAAAGAGUCGGGAGACUAUUACAACCUUUUGGCCUCUCCUCCGGUUCAGAUUCCCCCACCCCGCCCCCCAAAGCAUGGUUUGGUACCAGUCUGCCCAUUUCCUUCUAGAGCCUGAGACCAAUGCUUAAGUUUCGGGGGACACAGUCACCAUCCCCCCCUGGUACUGAUGCUCGCUGGAUUUGGGGAAGGCAUUUUGCUACCAAGUCUCUCUGCGAUGCCUGGGGACCAGUCUUUUGUCUUUCGUCGUUUGAUGUUACCACUGCAUGCUGUGACUUCCCUACUCCUCAAAGAAGAGACUCCUUUGCAUGUCUGGAGACAGUAGGGGGUGGUAAGAGGGAAGGUGCGUGUAUACAGACGGAGUGGGGCAGUGGACACAACAGCCCGGUAACAGGGUCUUUGCAGGGGGCUCUGUAUGUACCCAGGGUACUGGCCCAACCCCCCCAACUCUAGCCAUAGACAAACACCAGGCCGGACCCCCUCCACCUCGGGGCAGCCUGAGCAGCUUGAGGACACCAGGACCAAGGGAUUUCAAGCUGGCCUUUCAGUCUAAGAGGCCUCUAAGUGGAUUUCGGACCCGAGAGGAAAGCGGAGCCUCUGUGGGUGCUGGGUACUCCAGAGGUGCCCCCUGAUGAAAGGGUCCGUGGUCCUAGCAGGAAAGGAGGCCAGGCCAGGCCAUCUGGGACCCCUGGGUUGAAUCGAGGGAGAACAUGGACCAAGCGGCCAUAAAUAUGUCUCAGCCAAUGACUUGGGGGGCUUCUUCACUGCCCCCCCCCGUAGCCCUCAAGCCCCUGGCCUCCACCUUACCAGGUGCCAUUUCUUCUCAGAAGGCCACUGCCCGGGCCCCCCAGGCCGCCCCUUCGUGGCCAGAGACUGGUUAAAGCCCCCCAGUGCCUCCUUGUGCAUAGAACUCCCUCGGCCCGCCCUCUCUGCCCCAGCCCUCCCCGUAGGUGUAGCAGCCCCCUCCCCGGCGGCUGGCGUAGAAUAGCCAAUAGUGUAGUGUGGUGUGCUUUCCCGUGACGGCGAGUGGGCAGCGGGCGGCGGGCUGUGCGCAGCCCGUCUGUCCCCGCAUCUCAACCUGCCUGCGCGGCCCGUGCUGUGUUUUCGUGCUGUGUCCACAACGCUGCGGCGACCCCUCCCUGUACUGACUCCUCUCUAUACGAGCUUCUCUUGGCAUAGUCACGUAGCUCCUGCCCACCCCCCACCCCCCUUCUGAUAUCUCUCGCAAGUUUUAUACUCUAAUAUUUAUAUGGCUUUUUUCUUCGAAAAUUAAAAAUAAAAAAAAAAAGGUUUCUUCUGAAA